AUGGGCGCUCAAAAUACCAAGGAAAGAGCCACAACAGUCGGAACGCACUCCAUUAAACCGACCAGAACUAAGCCAAGGGUCACGAAAGAUGGACGACAGAUCGGCUCCAAUAUUUUCACCGAGCAUAGUGGUAAGAUUCAACCCCUUAAACAUAAGAUCGAAGAGGCUCUGCUGCAGAGCAGGCCGCUCCCCCACAUCCCCUCUCUGCCGGAGACCGACCCCCCGGGCACGUGCGCCACUGGAGGGAGCGCGGGAGGCACUCUGGCAUCGUCGGUCGGCACAGUGGGCACGCUUUCGGGCUCCUCGACCAGCGGCGUGCCGUCCACGCCGAUGUCGCUCGAAACGGCCAACCGGUGGACCUCCAAGGAGAACCUCCUCGCGCAGGAGGAGGACGACCCACAGCUUUUCGUGGCCCUCUACGACUUCCAAGCCGGCGGCGACAACCAACUGAGUCUCAAGAAGGGUGAGCAAGUAAGGAUUCUGAGCUACAACAAGAGCGGCGAAUGGUGCGAAGCCCACUCCCAGAAGAACCAAGUGGGCUGGGUACCGUCGAACUACGUGACCCCGGUGAACUCCCUGGAGAAGCACUCGUGGUACCAUGGCCCCAUAUCGCGAAACGCCGCCGAAUAUUUGCUGAGUUCCGGCAUAAACGGAAGUUUUCUCGUGAGAGAAUCGGAAAGUAGCCCGGGCCAAAGAAGCAUUUCCUUGCGAUACGAGGGUAGAGUUUAUCAUUAUAGAAUCAACGAGGAUUCGGACGGGAAAGUGUUCGUCACAACGGAAAGCAAGUUUAACACCCUGGCGGAGCUGGUACACCACCAUUCCAUGCUGUCGGACGGCCUCAUAACCCAACUUCUGUACCCAGCGCCCAAGCACAACAAACCCACGGUGUUCCCGUUGAGCCCGGAACCUGACCAAUGGGAGAUAAACAGGACUGACAUUGUGAUGAGGCACAAACUGGGCGGAGGGCAAUACGGCGACGUGUACGAAGCGGUGUGGAAGAAGUACAACAUGACCGUGGCGGUGAAAACCCUGAAAGAGGACACCAUGGCUUUAAAGGACUUCUUGGAGGAAGCCGCGAUCAUGAAGGAGAUGAAGCACCCGAAUCUAGUCCAAUUGAUGGGGGUUUGCACCAGGGAGCCGCCGUUUUACAUCAUCACCGAGUUCAUGAGCAAAGGAAAUUUGCUGGAUUACUUGAGGAAUGGCAAUAAGGAGAUCAACGCGGUUGUACUUAUGUAUAUCGCCACGCAGAUUGCUAGUGGUAUGAGUUAUUUGGAGAGUAGGAACUUCAUUCAUCGAGAUUUGGCUGCCAGGAAUUGUUUGGUUGGAGAGAAUCACCUGGUGAAAGUGGCCGACUUUGGUUUGGCAAGACUGAUGCGUGACGACACGUACACCGCUCACGCUGGCGCCAAGUUCCCCAUAAAGUGGACAGCCCCCGAAGGCCUGGCCUACAACAAAUUCUCGACGAAAUCGGACGUCUGGGCUUUCGGAAUACUUUUGUGGGAGAUCGCCACCUACGGCAUGUCCCCCUAUCCGGGGGUGGAUCUCACCGACGUCUAUCACAUGUUGGAGAAGGGGUACAGGAUGGAGUGCCCCCCCGGGUGCCCCCCCAAAAUAUACGAGCUGAUGCGGCAGUGCUGGCAGUGGCAUGCCAACGAACGGCCGACGUUUAAGGAGAUACACCACUCGUUGGAGAAUAUGUUUCAAGAGUCUAGUAUUACAGAAGAGGUAGAAAAACAACUGCUGGUGAACGAACCGCCACCAGUCCCUUUAGGCACACCGCACAUGUCAUACAAAAAAUCUCAUUCCGGUAGUACGGGAAACAUACACGGAUUGGUCGGUGUCUCCGACCAAUCGACGACAGAUAUGAUGAUGGCCAAACUCUCAACUUUUACUGGUGUCUCAAAAAACGUGCAAAUGCGAAGAACUACAAAUAAGAAGGGCAAGACUGCGCCGGCGCCCCCUAAAAGAACCAGCUUGCUAUCUUCUUGCAGUUCCUUCCGCGACAGCACGUUCGACGCAGAGGGCCAUGGAGGCGGCGGCGACAUGGGCGACGACGGCGCCGACUUAAACGGCUUGACAAGAGAUCUACAAAACUUGACGGCAAGCACAAAAGGCGAUAGCGAAAGCGACGUGCAAGAUCAAACUCCGGACACGGACGAUUCCGGUGCGCAUUCGUACCCGGAAGUGUCCCUAGCUAGCAGUCUUGGAGGCGGCACAGGGUCCUUCAAGAGAGCCCCUAUAGGGGGCAGCAGAGUGCUUGAAUCGCGCGGCAAACGUACCAAAGGAAAAGACAGCUCUCCAGCAGUUCAGGUGGCUGCUCUGGAGGUACAGAACGUCCGCAAAGCUAUCAGUAGAUACGGUACUUUACCGAAAGGUGCCAGGAUUGGAGCGUAUUUGGAAUCCUUGCAGCAAAUAAGUUCGGCCUCCAAUCAGGAAGAAGCCCCAGCUCAGGCUUUCAAUCCCGCCUUGGAGCACUCUGAGAUCAUACCUAGAUCCCUAUCGCCUAGAACCAGCUUGAGAACGCAACCUCAAAUGAUUAGAAGUAAUUCUUCCAGCGGGGUUACCACUUUUCACGCCACCCAUCCUCCCAGUUCUCCAACGUCUUCAAAAUUGUCCAGGAAUAGGAACAUAACUAGAAACAACUCUGGAGCUGGCGAUAUGAGAAGUAGCCUGAGGACUUUUAAGAGCCAACAGAGUAAUAAUAUUAGAGGUGGUAGUCCUAACAGAUCAGUGCAGCCCACCCUGGCAGACUUGGAGUUUCCUCCACCUCCAACGGACCUGCCGCCGCCACCCGAGGAGUUCGACACCGUGGACUGCAGCAGUUUGAUCAUAACCGACCUGAAGAAGAAAAUCAACCCCUCGUCGCCGCUGACCUCGAAAAAGAUCGACGUCAGCACGCUUCAGCCUUCGGUGGAGGAGGCUAGCUCGCGUUUCGGGGUCAGCUUGAAGAAGCGGGAGGCUAGCGACGCCACCAAUGGGGUCAAGGAGAGAGAUUUCGACGGUGUGAGUAAGGAGAAGAGCCCGCAGAGGUCGAGCUUGAGUUUCACCAGCCCUAGUCAGGACGGAAAAAGUCCCUUAAGCGUUGAUUCCGAUGUUCCUAUGGUCGGCUCGCCCCUCGAGCCGCUCCCGCCGCCCCCUGUUCUCUCCGACAACCAAGACGACGAUUUUGACGAGAAGGAGAACAGAGGCGGCGGCGACGACGAGAAGUCGAGGCUGUUCAAAAACCGGCGCGUGCGCGAAAUGGAACUGAAACUCGUGGCGGAAAUCAAGGAGAAAGCCGACCAGAAAAACAAACUACCCAAAGAAUCUCCGCUGGAAUCCCUUUUGGCUGUGAGUGGCAUCAGCCACGACCCUGUAGCUCAACUCGUCUCCGAGCUAUCUCAAACGUUGCACGUGGAAAAAGAGGGCAUCGCGAGGAAAAACAGCGUCGCCGCGCCUCUGUCGGCGAAGGAGAACAACGGCACCGCGGCGUUCGCGAAGAAAAAGCCGCCCGCGACCAAAGAACCCGACUCGAACGACAUCUUCAACUUCAAAUCCAGGCUGCGGAAGGUCGAGAAGGAGGACAACAAAAACGAUCAAGCGAAAACGGUCGAAGACAACUCCGAGUGCGACACGAACAAGCGCGAAAGCACGGCCAGCAGCGACAGCGGGAACGCCAAGUUGGAGGAGGGGGAGGACAAGAGAAAAAGUACUGGUAGCAUAAGUAGCCUUAAGAAGUUGUGGGAGAGUAAAGAUCCGACUGAUAAUGGAGGAAAUGUACAGCUCAGUCCCAAGUUGUCGGUCAAGAAUAACAAUAAGAAUGACGAGAUUAUCGAAAAUUUUAAAAUAGAAACAACGGACGAAACUUUAAAGAAAAACAGCCAGAAGCAGUGGCCGCCGAACAACGGCGACGACAAGCCGCCGUCGUGCAAACCGCCUGGCAAACCGCCGGUGAAAGCCGUGAAACCGAUCGUGGUCCGGACGUCCGGUUCGGCCAUUUACGCGACGCCUCUGGCGCCCAGCGCCAAGCCGCCCAUCUCCGCCAAGCCGACCAAUUUCGAGAACAAGACGCCCGAAGACGAAGGAACCGCGAAGAGUCCCAACAAAGACAAAGAUAAGAGCGGAAAGGACAACAUCUUGGAAAUUUCGCAGACUUUGGAGUCCGCCUUGAACGGAAUCAAGACCAACUCCUCGGUUUCCACAGCCACGUGGCUACAGGUAUCCGAUAAAAUCGGCCUGUUGCACGGCUCGUGCAUGGACUACGCGGACCAGGUCGUACCUCCGCACGCGAAAUUCCAGUUCCGCGAACUGCUAACGCGCUUGGAAAGCCAGGCGUUGCAGCUUCGCUCGGCCGGCGCACGAAACUCCACCGAAAACGCGCGACACGUCAACGAGGUGAGCAACACCAUCAAAGACGUGGUCAACGUCGUCUUCCGAUAG